AUGAAGAACAAGCACAGCGACAGCUAAAUAAACUUGCAAAAGAAGUAUUGGAGAGAGCACAGCUGUUCUGUUGUAUACAGGUUGUUGGUGGCAUAUCUUCGUGUGGUUGUAGUCAACACGACAGCGCAUCAACAUCAGCCGUCCUAGUAGAAUAGCGCCACCAUCAUAAAGUAGCCUUCGGUGCUCUUGCAAUACACAAACACAACUACGCUCCAUGCGGUUCUUCCGGGCACGAGUGAGCCGUCAAUGUCGUGGACAACUUGCGGGCUGCUAAGUUUUUUGUCAGGUGUCGUGAUCCUUGUUGCCAUUCUCGAGAACCACGAACCACGGCCGCCUGUUAAAAACGCGGACAAGACCCUUUUCACCGACCUCAUCGAGUUCUUGGAGGAUAUUUAUUACACUGAAGAGGGGUCCUGGUGGUGGUACUAUUUCGCAGUUGAAGAAGAUCUUCCGGACCAACGUGGUCUCUUGCCGACUGCAGCAGGUCGUGUGGUGGAAGCAGCAGCUCCUUCGGAGCAGGUGGAACAUCAACGAGAAGGCAGGUUUAUUCUGUGCAAAAGUAUCGUACUCGUCGUAUUGCAAUCAUGCAUUCCAGAUCUUUUUCUCAAGGUGCAUCAGCAUUACAAAUUUUAUUUCUCAUGCUGAGGAAAUUUGUAAUGCAUUUAUACGAGUACGAUAAGCUUUUGCAAUUCAUAAGGUUUUUCCCGAAGAGACUCUGUAUCUACGACGUGUUGGACGAUUAUAGCGGCUUCAGUUAUCCUGUGCAAAAGUAUCGCAUUCGCAUUGCAGCCAUGCAUUACAAAUCUUUUUGUCAAGGUAAAUCAGCAUUACAGAUUUCAUUUCUCAUACUGAGGAAAUUUGUAAUGCAUUUAUACGAGUACGAUACUACUUUUGCACUGCAUAUCAGUACGUGGGCGCUCAGGACACCGAGUAGCAGUAGCAGUAGCGAGCAGGAGGAAUUUUCUUUUGACAGUUCCCCCGAAGGUGAGGUCAAUUUGGAAGAAAACUCGGGUCGUUCGAUCGCGCGAGUAGACGCAUCAACAACAGCGGACAACUACAACCACCUUCAGGACGACCAGAACGACCACCCGGAAGUAGACCUACAUCAUCAUCGCGAGGACGAGCAACAAACCUCCUUCCUCACCUUCCUCUGUUCGUUUUUUUGGUUUCCCUGGUGCUCGCUCCCCCGGUGGGUGAAAGUGCACUGCCCGAUUAUUACAAUGAAAAACGCCCCCACGACCCCCGAACUUGGGAGCAUUUGUAUUGCAAACCUUUCCAAAUGAAACAUUCGCCCUCUUGCAUCUAUCAGCAUCACAGGUUUCCGAUCGUGAAUGAUAGCAAACAUUUGUAUUACAAAAGACCCCAACAAGAGAGGCGCUUGUCGUGCAAGCGAUGCGAUAUACGCCUAGAAUCUGCAUCGGAAAGAUAGACUCGUACUCCUUUCAUGCAUGACAAAAAGUUUUCAUUUGGAAACUUCGCAUCACAAAUUUUUGCAAUUUUGGGGGUGGGGGCAUUUUUCACUGCAAUACCGAUCCCGAAAGAUUUGGGGAUUUUACUGCAGACCACGUCGGUUUUUCAACAUCAAGAAGUAUGCAAUGCAUCGUACAACUAGUAUAAAUUGCAUUACAAAUUGGCUUAGCAUUACAAAGUAAAUUUGUAAUGCGGAUUUGGAUUUGCCGUAAGAAAAAGAUUUGUAAUGCAUAAACGCAAUUAGUACGAGUACGAUACUUUUGCACAGGAUAACAAGAAGGAAGCGACGACUUCAGCAUUGUCCCGGGCAGCCUGCUGAAAGUAAGUUCCCUUCCAACUACAGGGACAACGAGGACGAGCAGCCAGUACAAAAAAAACUCGGAACAUCAUCUGGCAUACCAGAGCAGGACCAGUGCCCCAUCAUCUUCCCCAACAGCGAAGAGAGCAAGCACGCACAGCACCGCGUCUACUGCUCCAACAACAGCAGACUCCGAGUUCCAGAAAAACUACCUCGAAUACGGUUCCUACUCAAGCUACUGGUUUCGUUUUUCGGUGAUUUGCAAGUACCAGGAGACGCUGUUUCUCUUCUUCUGCGCUUAUUUGACGUACUUGGUUCCGUUUCUGGCUUUAGUGGAGUUGCGGUACGGGUUUUUGUUCGCAUUGCCACUCUAUGCUUUGCAAAAGCAUCGUACUGUAUAAAAAAAUUGCAUCACAAAUUUGUUUAGCAUGAGAAAUGGAACAUGUAAUGCGGAUUUGCCUCAAGAAAGAUUUGUAAUGCCUGACUGCAAUUACUACGAGUACGAUGCUUUUGCAGUUCAUACACUCGAGGAGGACGAGGAAGAGCAGGACGACGACGACGAGAGAGCAGCAGGUGGAGUCGUUCAGCAGCGCCGGUUUGGUGGAGGGUUUUUCGGGUUUGGCGUGGGGAAUCAGCAAGAAGACGAGUCGGAGUCAGAAAGCGGCAGCGACUGGGAGACAGAAUCAGAAUCAGAAAACAAAACCGAUUCGUCAGGAAAUCGUGGCUCUGAUUGUGAUAUGCAUUGCAAAAGUAUAAUCGUACUCGUAUAAAUGCAUUACAAAUCUCCUCGGCAUGAGAAAUAAAAUCUGUAAUGCGAAUUUACGAUAGGAAAAAGAUUUGUAAUGCAAGACUUGCAUUUAUACGAGUGCGAUACUUAGUUUGCACAGGAUAUGCGACAGCGAAGCCGGAUCUUCGGAAGAAGAGGGAACGGAUUGCAGCUCAGAGGACGAGGGUGAAACUACCGUAUGAAAUGCAAAAAUGUCUGGGUCUGGAAGAGUCAUGCUGUUUUUGCAUGACACAGAAGGUCUGGCAUGGAAGCUCUAGCAUCACAGGUCUCGAGAAGCUUCCGCGAUGCCGAAUCCGCAUGACAAGUCUCCCACUCUGGUGACAGAAAGUGGGCAGCUUUUGCUACCUAUGCAUGAGAGAUCUUUCUGUGUUCUGAAAUGCGCAUCGCAAGUUUAUAUUCUUGCAGACCCAGACACUUUUGCAAUCCAUAUACCGAAAGCGAGUGCGAAACGGAUUCCGAAACAGAGUCCGACUGUUCUUCGGAAGUAUGAGAGUGCACAACCCCUCCUCCCUUUCAUUUGUAUUGCAUGAACUUGAACAGCAGUACAAACACAAACAAACAUGGAGCCUGUGCAUGACAGGUUCACGUGCCUAGUGUAGUACUGUUUUCGGUUCCGCAAUUUGUCAUGCAAACAGUCCCACAGAGCAGCGAUUGGAUUGGGGAUUUGGCAUGGCAAAUGAGGGGGUAGAGGGGGGGUUGUGCACUCUCAUAGAAAGCAGAAGCAGUCUACGAUUGGGUGUACGUAAAAACGGAGCCGAAAAUUAUAUUAAAGACCGCCAGUUCAUCUUCAUCCAUCACAACCUCCUCCGCCGAAGAAGUAGACCUGAACCAAAACAACGUUGGUUUCUACGGGAAAAAACCGAUUACCUACGACAGCGUGAAACAGUGCGUCCCGUGGAAGAAGGUGUGGCUGAGAAACGGAAUUCCUCUUGGUGGAACCACGACGAGGAGUACGAAAGUAGAAGAAGUGGUAGUUGUAGUCGUUCCCCCACUGUACAAGCGGGUUUACAAAUUUCUCAUCAAAUUCAAAACCGUCCCAUCAGCGGUGAGGAACUUUUGCUACCAAGCCGUCCAGGAUUUCAAAUCCCUCCUCCACGCCAGCUACCUCAAUUUCAUCGAUUUUUUCCACCAAGCGAAAUUAGUCCUGACGAUCUACUUCCCUUUCGGGCUAGCGGGGAUUUUGGCGCAUUCGGCGGCAACGUACACGACUUUUUUUAUCGUCGCGUACUUGGUGAAACUAGUUUCCUCUACAAACCCUGGCGGAACCUCUGCGGCGACUACUUCCUCGGUAGAAGGACCACUUGUUCCGGGUAGUGGUGCUGGUGCACCAAUCGGGGUCCCCAGCACAAGUCGUGGAGGUCCAGGUCCUGCUGCGUCGGCAACAUCAGUGUACCCCAGCACGAGGAGCACUGCGACUUCUUCAGCGAGAACCAGUAUCAGCCUUGCAGCAGCACGAACAGCGGUAAGAACAAGAAGUCAGAAUACUAUAUGAACUGCAAAAGUAUCGUACUCGUAUAAAUGCAUUACAAAUUUCCUCAGCAUGAGGAAUGAAAUUUGUAAUGCCGAUUUACCUCAAGAAAAAUGUUUGUAAUGCAAGACUUGCAUUUGUACGAGUACGAUACUUUUGCACAGGAUAUACUAUUUCGUCGAACGAUUUCGUGAUUCAGACGAGACAGCUGCAGCCGCAUAUCAAAGUGAAAAAUCCCCCCACCCCAUAUUCAAACUAGAAAUUUGUGAUGCAGAUUUGCGGUCACAAAUCAGCAUUGUCAUGCUAGAAGGGAAAAGAUGCGGACUGUAGUGCUGGUUGGCGUGGGAAAGCCUUGCAUCUUCAGCAUAACAGGGGCCAGCUGGAAGUGGGAAACAGCAUGACAAAUUGCCUGCAACGAAGGCCACAGCUGCGUCUCUUGGCCUUCUAGCAUUACAAGUCGAUUUGCGUACUCAAAUACAGCAUCACAGAUUUCGUUUUCGAUAUGGGGAGGGGGGAUUUUUCCUUUUGAUGCCGCAUUUCCAGAAACAACGCGAGGAAGCGGACUUUCUGUACGCCACCGGGCAGCUGCACUUCAUGAUUGAGAGCUUGAGCUUUUGA